UUCAUCCAACGGUGGAAAUUGUCGUCGCAUGAAUAACGUGGUCGUCUCUUUUUUCUUGUCUCCAUUGAUGAAGGUUUUUCUGUAUACCUUAAAAGACUGAAACCUUGGACUCGGUUGGCCAAAAGAUCAGUUCUUCCACUUUCCUUUCAAUGGAAGACUCGUGGGAAAAUUGGAUUUCUUCUUUGGAAAUGGCCGAAGACAACUCCACAGAUCAUUCUCACAUCAAUGAAGAUAACUUCCUCACUGGGAUUGUUCUUGAACCACUAGAUUUCUCAUUUCUUAACUCUUCUACCACCACCACCAUGCUCUCAUAUGAUGAUAAUCAUGAUAAUAGUAACAGUAACAAUGUUUUUUCCAUGGAAAGUAGCUAUGAAAAUGCAAACUUUGAUGAGAGGCAUGGGAAAAUGCUCAAGAGUAAUAGCUCAAGCUCCAUCAUUUCUCAUGAUGUAGCUAACAACAAUGCUUCUUCUUCUUCUUCAGCACCAUCCUCAUCCACCUUCAUCUUGUCCUUUGAAAACUCAACCAUGGAACCUUCUCAUCAUAGACCUAAUAAAGAUCAUGGUAGUUGCCCUAGGAAUGCCCUAUGUUCUUCACUUUUGAGCUCAGAGAAUGAUCAUCUCAGCACACCAAAGGCCAAACAAGGUGCCAAGAAGUAUAGAAGCUCAUCUGAGAUUCAAGAUCACAUCAUGGCUGAGAGAAAAAGGAGACAGGAACUCACUGAAAGGUUCAUAGCACUUUCUGCCACCAUACCUGGAUUGAAGAAGACAGACAAGGCCUAUAUACUAAGGGAAGCAAUGAUAUACAUGAAAGAACUUCAAGAGAGAGUGAUAGAGCUAGAAAAGCAGAACAAGAGGAAGAGAAGUACAGAAUCAAGAAUAUUGAUAAAGAAAUAUUCGCAAAGAGAAGAAGAAAGAUCAACUCAUGCACUUCCUCAUGUUGAAGCAAGAGUGUUGGAAAAGGAGGUUCUCAUUGGAAUCCAUUGCCACAAACAAAAGGACAUUGUGCUCAAAAUCAUGGCUUUGCUCCAAAAUCAUCAUCUUUCUCUUGCUAGCAGCAGUGUCUUGCCCUUUGGAACUUCCACUCUUAAAGUCACAAUCAUUGCCCAGAUGGACGAACAAUACUGCAUGACAGUGAAUAAUCUUGUAAAAAGCCUGAGACAAGCUCUCUUGAAAAUCACAUGACAUUAAUGCUCCUAAGAGUGUAAGAUAUAAUCUGCAAGUGUUUAUGGGAGUGAGGUUUGCAGAAUUUUAGUUUUGGCUUCUUAAAUUUCAAUAAGAGAAAAUUAUGAGAAUUUAUCCGUGAUGUAU